GUCCCUCCUCCAUCAAACGUCAGAAAGUAGCGGUAUAAAAAACAUGUGGGACCAUACCGACCGCUCAAAAGUCGCACAUACCUCGUUAACCUGACAGGCUGCGGUCUGCUUCCUCUGAGACCAUAAAGAGCUUUUUCUUUUUUAAUGAGACACACAAGAGGAGAGAUAUGCCGAGCUGCCGGACGAUUUAAAUCUGCUGGAUUUGCGCACAAGAAUGCGAGAGAAGAGUCUUUUUUUCCCCGUCUCCUACAGAUUCUUAUUUGUGCCGGAUGAAUUUCACAAUUUCACAAAGAGCCUGUCGCUCGUUCGGGAACAUUUUGAAUUGAGUCAUGUCUAAUGGGCGAACACAAAGUUGGAUUUCUGCUCACAACCAAAAAAAGGGACUGGCACAAGAAAACGAACUGAGUGAGGAGGGUUUUUGUUUCUUCACCAUUUAGCUCGCUGGGAAGACGUUUAUCAGUGUGAUCUGAGAGGCUCAUUAAACACCUUGACCUUGAUCAGUCCUCGCCUGUGAUAUCUGCACAUUUUCAACUACGAGUCAAAUGCAGAGAGAGAGAAAAGAUGCAUUUGGGUAAGGCUUUACUGUUCGUCCUCCUCCUCAACUGCGCGACUCUGAGCUCGUCCCUGUCCACUUGUGCCACCGUGGAUAUCGACCAUGUGAAGAGGAAGAGGGUCGAGGCGAUCCGGGGUCAGAUUCUGAGCAAGCUCCGGCUGACGAGUCCUCCGCAGUCCCUCGGACCGGGCAAGAUCCCCUAUCAGAUCCAAGCGUUGUAUAACAGCACCAAGGAGCUACUGGAGGAGCUGAGGAGGGAUCGGCAGCAAAGUUGCGGUCAGGACAACACUGAGACUGAGUACUAUGCCAAGGAGAUACACAAAUUCAACAUGGUCUACGGACCGCCAGAAAGCAAUGAUCUGCCCUACUGCCCAAAAGGCAUCACCUCCAAGGUUUUCCGCUUCAACGUCUCCGCCAUGGAAAGGAACUCGACCAACCUCUUCAGAGCAGAAUUUCGGGCUCUGAGGGUGCCAAACUCAAGCGCCAAGAGGAAUGAACAGCGUAUUGAGCUCUACCAGAUUGUGAGGCCAAACGAACACAUUAGGAAACAACGCUACAUCGCAGCCAAGAAUGUGUUGACCAAAGGUACUCAGGAGUGGGUCUCCUUCGAUGUGACCGAUACAGUGCGAGAAUGGCUGAUGAACCGAGGAUCUAAUCUGGGUCUGGAGAUCAGUGUGCACUGUCCCUGCCACACCUUCAGCCCAAAUGGUGACAUCAUUGACAAUGAGAACGAGGUGCUGGAGGUGAAGUUUAAAGGCAUGGAUGGAGAUGAGGAGCUCAAGCGCUUGGAUCUCCAUCAACUGAACAAGAAAAGGGAACAGUACCUGCCUCACCUCAUCCUCAUGAUGAUCCCACCCCACCGCCUGGACACUCAGUCCACACGCCGACGCAAGAGGGCGCUGGACACAAACUACUGUUUCUCAAACACGGAGGAUGGUUGCUGUGUUCGCAAGCUCCACAUCGACUUCCGCCGUGACUUGGACUGGAAGUGGAUCCAUGAGCCCAGUGGUUACGAUGCAAACUACUGCUCUGGGCCCUGCCCUUACCUGAGGAGCUCAGAUACAACACACAGCUCGCUGCUGAGCCUGUACAACACUUUGAAUCCGGAGGCGUCGGCCUCCCCCUGCUGCGUCCCUCAAGACCUGGAGCCGCUCACUAUACUCUACUACUCCGGACGAACCCCCAAAGUGGAGCAGCUCUCCAACAUGAUCGUCAAGUCUUGCAAGUGUAGCUGAGGAGACAGGAAUGGCAAGGUAGUGCAACAGGAUUUGACUAGGUACUGAUGAAACCCAUGCUCGUUGACUCUUUGGACUCUUAGCUGUGACAAAUAACUGAACCUGUGGCCUCAUGGCUUAGAUCUGAACACCACUCUGGAGGUCACACUUUUUUAUUCCCCUCUCCCUCUCAGUCAGUUCUGGAUCACAAGUAGUUAUUUUCAUUUUUUAAAAAGUCAAAGUCUGAUCUUAAAUCUUAAAAUAUUUCCUUCUGAAGGUGGAGAACACGUUCCUAAAACAUCCAGGAGCUGCUUCAUCGACAAUGACUGAGAAAUGAUAUAGACUUACUUUCUGUUGUAUUUUCUGACAAAUAUUCCACAAAGUUACAGUCUCAUUGUCAGUAGAGCAGCUUUCCUGUUUCCAGCCCUGGGGUGACAAUGUUAAAGAUCACACACAUAUUCCCGUGCUCUCCUCAAUGGUCCCUUCAAGUUGGAUUUUUAAAAUUUUUUUUACCGUGAACUUUGAUUCCCUUCCCCUUCAAACAGUGGACUUUAUCUUCAAACACAAAAGGAGAAAGGACAGACUCGCUGCUGUAUCCAAAGCCGUAGCUGUGGUCAGGGGAAAAGGAGAGCUGAGAGAAUGCCUGUUGGAUUUGCAAUGGAAAGUGAAUGAACAAAGAAGUUGAGCCAAGUUUUUUCUUUUUUUGGCCAGCCAGCAGCAAUGGCCCUUUUUUUUUUUUCUUUGCGGUGCAUCUAUUAGAAUGGAUGGAAGAAGAAGAAGAAGAAGAAGAAGUAGAGGAAGAUGAAGGGAACCUGUACGUGAGGGGAAGAACUGCGAUGGAAACUCGCCACGAGCACACUGCCAUUCACUGGAAGUCCUCAUCCCUAACAGGUUCAAAUUAUUUCUGGGACACUUUAAAGAAUAUACUGGAAAAGAACACGUGUUACGCAACAGGUUUUUUUUUUUUUUUUUUUUUUUUACGAGAUUUCUUUUACAUUAAUAGCAGAUUUAGUCUGUUACGCAACUUGUGAUAUAGUGAUUGUUUCACUGACCGGGCUACAAUCUGACAUGGUGGAGACACUUUUAUGUUAAACCAUUGGUACUGUUACAUUUUUCUUGUGAUUUAGGAAAAAAAGAACUUCUGUGUCCAAUGUAUGAUUUAGUUUGACCUGUUGUAUGUGAUCCGGUAUGUGUCUUGUUGUAUUAAAACGUGACUUUCCCCAGACGGUUAAAUCAGAGCACUUUUUCUCCAGCAACAACAGGAAAUGCCGUGUACAUUUAAACGCAGCUGCUUACUUGUUUUCUCUCCUAUCAACUCACCUGUCGCCCUUCACUCCAGCCAGCUGACAUGUGUAGUCAGGACUCAACACACUGCAGUCUUUCAUUCCCUCUGCCCCGUCUCUGUUUGUUUUGGUGCUCCUUUUACAGUGUGAAGCCCUAAUGGAACAAAAAAAAAGAAGGAGGGGAAAAAGUCAUAGUGGCUGGAUGUACAGUUAGACCUCAUUUUUCUCAGAGUCAGGAGGACGAUUCUGAAUCCCUGUACUGUUUGACAUUGGCCCAGUCUGAGUCAUCUCGCCUUUAGAUGACAUUAAGUGAGGUUUUUUUUUUAUUUGGCAGUAAUAUUGUUUUUAUUGACUUGUUGAUCGUGAUUAUUAUUAAAAACACAACAUGCAAAAACCUGUAUGAGCCCUUUUUAAAUCCUACAAAUCACUCCAGCAAUUGAAACGCUUUCAUUAAAGUGGAAAACAGACAACUUUUUCCCCCCUAUAGUGUCUCCAAGUGGUGUUAUUGUUGGAGCAGUUGUCACAAAGACAAGCGAGUCAUUUCCUUUUUUUUUUUCCAGCAGCACGGCACAAAACGUGAGUUUGUUAUUUCACUGAGUCUAUACUGGAGACGAGGAAGCAGAUAGAAAUGGUGCCAGGCUGCCAUCCUGGCUGGAAUCGACAGUUAGACUUCAUUUUCCUCGGCGGUUUCGUGCCAAAACAGCAUAAUGAAAGUGAGGUUUCUAAGGAAUGGCUCUGACCGCCAGUGGUGACAUUAUUCUACAGCCAUUACAUCGUGCAAUCAACAUUUACUUCACAACGAUAAGUUAAAGUAAAAAAACACGCCUGUUGCCAGCUUGAAUAAUCAAAUGUAACAGAUCUGUUAAAACAUUCAACUCCAAAUUAGGAAAAAUGAUGAAUUUACCCACUGGUCUUGUCUGCCAUGUUGAAAUGCCAUUUAAAAUGCUAUUUUCUCAUAAUGUUUUGGUUCCAUACGAACAUAAUUUUUCUU